ACCUUCGCCGGAGGAGCUCAGUAUUGUACUAGGACUGGCCUGGUUCAGCCGCUGUGUCAACAUGGCUGUGUUAUCAGUCCUUCAUCUCGCCCUUGUUAUCGUCGUCUUCAUUCAUACUGUAGACAGUACCACUACCUGUGGAUAUCAGAGCUGUAAUGCAGUGAAGGAAGGGAUGAUCAACGUCCAUUUGGUACCUCACACACAUGAUGACGUAGGCUGGCUAAAGACAGUCGACCAGUACUUCUACGGAGACAAAUCUGAUAUUCAGCGGGCCGGAGUUCAAUACAUUUUAGACGGGGUGAUACAAGAACUUCUCAAUGAUCCCAAUAAAAGGUUUAUCUACGUAGAGGUGGCCUUCUUCGCGAGGUGGUGGCGACAGCAGAGCGACAGCAUGCGUCAUAUCGUCAAAGGACUUGUUAACCAGGGGCGACUAGAAUUCAUCCUUGGUGGUUGGAGUAUGAAUGACGAGGCCUCCACUCAUUACAACGCCAUCAUAGACCAACACACUCUCGGCUUUGAGUUCCUCAGACAGAAUUUCGGAGAUUGUGGUAGACCCCGAGUCGCCUGGCAAAUAGACCCAUUCGGUCAUUCACGGGAACAGGCCUCUCUUUUUGCUCAGAUGGGAUUUGAUGGACUAUUCUUUGGCCGCCUCGACUAUCAGGACAAGGACGAGAGAAUAAAAUCUAAGAGCAUGGAAAUGUUAUGGAGAGGCAGCCCAUCCAAUCUAAAAAAGACUGCGGACCUGUUCACGGGUGUCCUGUAUAACAAUUACGGGCCUCCCAAAGGUUUCUGCUUCGAUCUUCUGUGUGCCGAUGAUCCCAUGAUGGAUGAUGACCGCUUGAAUGAUUACAAUGUACCACAAAAGGUAGAAAUGUUCGUGAACGCCUCAAAGGAGUGGGCAAGUGCGUACGCCACGAAGCAUAUACUCAUGACUAUGGGGAGUGAUUUCAACUAUCAGAACGCUAAUGCCUGGUUCAAGAAUCUUGACAAGCUGAUGAAACACGUGAACAAACAGUCUAACAGUACAACUGUUAACGUGCUGUACUCCACUCCAUCAUGUUACCUGUCCAGCCUCAAUAAGGAAGCCGUUCGUUGGCCAACAAAAGAGGAUGACUUCUUUCCGUACGCUCAUCGAGAGCACAGUUUCUGGACAGGCUACUUCUCCAGUCGCCCAGCGCUGAAAGACUACGUCAGACGUACUAACAACUUCUUACAGGUGUGUAAACAGAUGGACGCUUCUGCUGCUCUUCACGACACCGACAACAGCACGCACGAAAUACAGGUUCUCAGGGAGGCGAUGGGUGUUGCCCAACAUCAUGAUGCUGUUUCUGGGACUGAGAAACAACCGGUUGCCUAUGACUACGCACUGAGAUUAGCGCGUGGCGUGGCAGCGUGUCAGAAAGUUGUCAACGAUGCCUACGGUAAACUUCUCCCACUGAAUGCAUCAUACACACCCCCAGGACAACAGUUCUGUAACAUCCUCAACAUCAGUGUCUGUGGUCUGACGGAAAACUACAAACAGUUCACACUGACAGCCUACAAUCCAUUAGGACAGGAUGUUACAUCGUGGGUUCGGAUACCAGUGGUCGGUAAAGUCUAUCAGGUGAAGGGACCUGAUAACACAAAUGUCCCGUCACAGGUGAUACCUGUGACUAAGGACACGAAACGAAUUCCAGAAAGGCAAGGAUCCAUCGCCCAUUAUGAACUGAUUUUCAAAACAAGUGUCCCUGCUCUUGGAUUCAGUGUAUAUUUCAUCUCGAAAAGUAACAAGGCCCGAGUCAAGCUUGCACAAAGUACAAGUAAAAAGUUGGUGAAAAAUAAUGAAGGAACAGACACAGUAUUAAAAAAUGAGCACGUGAGUUUGACAUUCGAUGGCACUUCUGGUCGUCUGAAGACGAUGCGAAAUCUAAACAGUGAUAUCGAGGUUGGCCUGCAGCAGGGCUUCUACUACUACACAGGUCAUACGGGCAACAACACCCAGGGCGUCCUACAGGCAUCCGGCGCAUACGUCUUCAGGCCAAACACUACAAAAUCAUUUAAAGCCAAACAGAUAGAGAAGUCCUACGUCAGAGAGGGAAGGAUUGUUCAGGAGGUACACCAAACAUUCUCCCCCUGGGUGACACAAGUUAUCCGUCUAUAUGAAGGCGAGAUGCAUGCCGAGUUUGAGUGGACCGUCGGACCCAUUCCUGUAUCGGACGGGAGCGGAAAGGAAGUGAUGUCUCAGUUCCUUACAACGCUUGAUUCAAAAGGAACAUUUUACACUGAUGCUAAUGGACGGGAAAUUCUAAAACGACAACGGAAUCGGCGAGCUACAUGGGACUUUUCCCAAACUGAACCCAUUGCAGGCAACUUCUAUCCUGUCAACAGCCGUAUUUUCAUCAGGGACGAGGAUUUGGGAGUACAACUGACAGUACUGACCGAUAGGAGUCAGGGAGGCAGUAGUAUCAUAGACGGCGGUAUCCAACUUAUGGUCCACCGCAGACUGCUCCAUGACGAUGGACUUGGUGUCGGGGAACCCCUUAAUGAGACUGGUCUAGAUCACAAAGGGCUCGUCGUCAGAGGUAAGCACUAUGUCUUCCUGGGAGGAAUCGGGGAGUCGGCUGCCUUUCAUCGCAAGAUGGCCCUGAAGCUGUAUAUGGCUCCUUCACUGUCGUUCAUGCCAAAUGUUAUGAAGUAUGCCAAAUGGACUAAGCAGUUCCAAACAAAGUGGUCAGGCAUGAACUCCAAUUUACCCGACAACGUGCACCUGUUGACAAUGGAACAGUGGGGAGGACCAGGCGUUGUUCCAUCCUCGUCACAACCCUAUAUUAUACGACUGGAGCAUAUAUUUGAGACCGGCGAACAUUCGACAUUGUCCAAGGACGCAACUGUGAAUCUUCAGGGCCUGUUUGCUACGUUCGAUGUAAGUUCUGUGACAGAACUUACCCUGGGAGCUAAUAUGGUUCUGUCGGAUCUUCAUAGACUUCAGUGGAACACGACUGAUAUCAACGACGACAGCACGCACGAGGUUCCAGUGGUGUCUAAAAUCCGAAACGGUAGCGUCGUUGUUGAACUAAAACCAAUGCAGAUCCGAACCUACCAAGUCCAGCUGAAGGACCGCAAAUGAUGUCAUUGGGGCGUCAGGUUUCAGCAAAGUGUGGCAGGAAACGUUGGGUAUACGUUCUAUGUCUAUUGCUAACCUGUUUUUAUAUAUGAAGAUAUUAUUAAAAUGCAUAUGACAUUAUUAGUCCGGCUUUCCUUCAAUGUUUUAUUGAAAAUAAAAGCGAAACAUGUACUAAUUUUCCCAA